UAAUAAUAGAGUUUUGUAUGAAUAGGUCUUGUAUUUAUUGUAACAAUUAACGUUGUGACACACACACACACACACACAAUAAACAGUUUUAAGACCUAUUGUUUAAAUGAAAGCAUCUCUCAUUGGUACAACUCUCUGCGAAGUCGCAUACAGCCAGACAUUAAUUGCACCAGUGCGAUGGUAUCAAAGCGAUGCUGUUUAACAAUAGGCUAUAGGAAACAUCUUUACAAAGAUACAUUGCUCUGAUUCCCUGAGUCUUGCCAUGUCGCCUGCUGAACCACGUGCUCUCGACUACAGUUCAGUAACUGGCCACACCCGUCCAUGGCGCACCCCCACGCGCUGCGGCUCUUCCUGCUUGCUGUGUCCAGGGAACACUGGGCUGUAACGUUUAUUGGUGCUGAAGAGUGAGACAAAAGUGGCGCAGUCGUCCUGCCAUUACGUGUAUGGCAUCCCCGGGGGCCACGCUUUGGUCUUUACAGACAACUAAUUUGCAGAGCGAUCGGCAACUGACGCUUCCUAUAUUCCCAUAUGAACGAAAACGCGGUUCCCAAGCUUUACUAACACUUCAGAACGUUCUACACCCCGGCAAUCGACGACUGUGUCCUAAAAAGUUAUGGCAGACUGGUAAUUGUAGGCUACUGAAUAGUCAGAAGCUAUUAACAUUUGAACGUAAUCUCAUGCAAUAUUUCAUCUAAUAGCCAUCAGCAAAUCAGUUGAUUGUAUUGCGCGCUAAUUCUUACCACUCAGUCCCAAGCGCAUAAUUGAAAUACUGAGAUUCGUGGACAUAAUCGAUACAUAUAGUCUCUUUACUUUAAAACACUUAAAACGAUCGAAUAGCCUGCAACCGUUAACCAAACCUUAAAACGAACGAUUUUCAUUUUAUUUAAAAGUUUGUAUUUUAGUGGGACAGUGCGCAUUAAUCAACAACAUUGCUGUAAAUGUGGCAGAACUGGCUUGUUUUCAACCGCAGGCCUUGGGCAAGAUGGCUAUCACAAAACAUAUUUCGUGCAAUAUUUUGCUGUAUUUUGCCUUAGUUUGUUCUGCAUGGUAUAAUGUAGCUAAAGUGUUAUGGAGAGUUUUGACUUCAGUCAAGUUAAUUGGUCAUCCCUAAUAGCGAUGGAACAGCUUCUCAUCCUAGGUGGGUGUACCGCGCUGCUUCCUGUGUCGAUGUGUGUGUAUGUGUGUGUGUCUGUGUGUGCGUUCGUGCGUGCGUGUGUGUGUGAUAUUGCUGGUUUUGAGGAGCUUCGUGCAGUGCAAUUAUCUUAAAAACUUAUAAAUCACAAACUGAAUUCAGUACCUUCGACCACCUUUUGAUAUUAAGGUUAUUAAGUUUACAGAUUGAAAUAGAUAGUUUUCUUGCCUUCUGCUGUAAUGAACUAUCGAAAAGCUUUUCUGUUCAAGGCGCUGCAAUUAUACUUGACUGAUAUAGAUCAAAGGGAUCUACAAAUCGCGUCGGUUGUAAUUGCAUACAGAGGCCCUUCACAAUAGCAGACUGUGGCACUGGCAAAGAUGUGUUGUAACUGUCGAAUUGUCAUUUUGUUAAAAAAUCCAUUCUUAGGCCGAGCGUCGGCAUGGGGUUGUGGGCAUAACUGACCAGCCGACCGAAAACUGUGUGUGAGUGUGUGUUUGUUUGUUGGUGUGUGUGUGUGUGUGUGUGUGUGUGUGUGUGUGUGUGUGUGACGUACAAUCCAGACAUUAGAUGUCUAAUGAUUGACUUCCAAAAUACAAACAUCAAACGACACUGAGCAAUAGGAGUUGGUUUAUCUCUCUGGAAUAGCUUCUGUGACAGUGAAGAAAGGGAGGUUUGCUUUAAUUCUCCAUAACAAAAGUACAAAGACGGUAGGUCUGCGACCUUAAACAAGUUAACACCUCCGUCUCUUGGUGCGCCCGGGCGGCGCCUUGGCGGAUAGACCGUGUCUCUCAUUAGCGAAGACGGGGAAACGUGUGAUAUAUAAAGGAGCGAACUAGGGGAGGCGCUGGCGUUAUAGCGGAAACCAAUCAGGUUUGCUGCGAGCGAAUUUAGGUCAAGAGUUGCCUGGGCAUCGCUACUAAGGAAGGUAUACCUGCGACUUUCUGGUUCCCUUGAGAAUCCUGAUAUCAAGACGUCUCUUUAUUGCUUUAAAUCACCGUCGGGUCGAUUCUGAGAACGAAUUCCCUGGAGAAAACGGCCGAUAUUGGAGAAAAUAUAAAACCGACUCUGUGAUUUCCCCCACGGACUGGAAUAUAUGAUCAGUAACGAGUUGAUGACAAAGAUAUCCAUACAAUAUGCAAGAUAGGGAGCCGUCAAUUUCCAAAACCCUUCACUCAGGGAGCGAAAAAGGGCCGGACAAACCGUGCUUCCCGAGCGGAGACCACCGACGCCACCGAACCGCUUUCACCCGGGAACAACUGUCCCGCCUCGAGCAGGAGUAUUGCACUGAGAGCUAUGUGUCCAGGCCCAGAAGAUGCGAGUUGGCUGCUGCGUUGAACCUUCCAGAGACGACCAUAAAGGUGUGGUUCCAGAACCGUCGGAUGAAGGACAAACGGCAGCGGCACACGCUGAGCUGGCCCCUCCCGCUGGACCCCAACGUUUACGCCUACAUGAUGAGCCAGGCGGCCAGUCUGCCGUACCCCUUCUUACCGCCCAUCCCGCUGCACCUGUACGCCCACCUGGGCCCGGGGGGCUCCCCUACACCUCCGGCCCAUUUUGGGAGGCCCCUGGAUCCUCUGCACCUCCCCCACCACCCCUUCCCCCGACAUGAGCUGCUGGGCAGCCUCCCACAGCCCCCCCUCUACCCCCCCGGCCACGGGAUGCACCAUCCCGCCACCUGCCUCUGCGCAGUCUGCCUGCACUGGGGGCCGGACCACCUCCGCAAGAGUAGGGGGGAGGCACUGCUCAGACCCUCUCCUAAUCCCAAAGCCCCUGUUACCGCCCUGGAGAGGACCGAAGAUUCACCCCUGCCAAAAUAACGUUAGCUCUCUUUCGGGAUAAGCCAAAUUUUGGUACAUACAGUUUCCAGUUUGCAUCCAAUCGUUAAGGAUGUUUUUUCUUCCUUUUUUUUGGCGAGAAAGAAGUUUGAUAUGAAAUGUGUGCUUGUCUUUGUUUAAAUGUUAUUUAUUUGUACCAGUGCAAGUGUGGAAAGCUACUGUUUGCUGCAAACCAAAUGUAGCAUGUGAUAGAGCUAAUUAUGGAGGUUUUAUGUGAGGUAGUUUAAGAAGGCAAAUGUUAAGGAAAGAAAACUUCCCUACUGUGAGUACAGGCAAAUAAUUUUCCUGUUCUGCUUUUAUAUUAGUACAAUUGUUAUAAAGAACAGUAGUUGUUUGUGUACAAAAGAGAAUAUCUUAAAGACAAAGAACUAAUCAUACCAGUCCUUUUUUUUACCAGAACAGGUUAUCUGCAAAGGACUGAGGAACUUCUCUGAUAAUUUACCAUAAAAUUGCAAUGCUAAAUCAUUUCACUGUUAUAGAACUUAAACAAUGCUUCCUCAAAUGCCAUAGCAAUAUGAAAGAAGGAAGUUUAGGUUUGAUCUGUAGGUCAGAGGUUGGAUAAAUAAUGGAAAUACCUAAUAAUACAUUGAUAUCCAGGAAAUAAAAAUGGGUAGGGCAGUGCUUUCCAACCCUGUUCCUGGGGAUCUGCUAUCCUUUAGGCUUUCAUUCCAACCCUAAUUUGUCACACCUGAUUCUACUGGUUGGCAGCUCAACAUGAUCUCUAGCUGUUGAAUGAGGUGUGAUUUGUUAGGGUUGGACUGAAAACCUGCAGGAUGGUAGAUCUCUAGCUGUGGAAUGAGGUGAGCUUUGUUAGGGUUGGAGUGAAAACCUGCAGGACGUUAGAUUUCCAGGAACAGGAUUGGGAACCACCGGUGUAGAGCCACACUACAGCUUCAGUCCUUCUUCAAAUGCUGUCAUACAAGUUCUGAGCUGUGUGUAGUGUGAUAUUGGAUAAUUCUUCAGCAAGGAAAGCCUCUGGUUCUUUGAGGGAUGAAGGAAGUGGAAGCACUUUGAGCUCCAGAGCUGCCAGUGAUGGUUCGGUGAUGUCCAGAUCUGGUGAUCAUGAAGGCUAAUGAAAGCCUUUAAUUUCUGGUGUUCAUGAGACCAUUCUUGAAUUGGUUUGGGACUGUGUAAGGGGGGUGGGUUAUCAUCUUGAAAUUUGGGGACAUCAUAAUGGAACAAUGCUUGUACCAUAGAGUUCACCUGGUCAUGUAAAAUGGCUUCAUAUUCUUCAUCAGACCCAGUGUCUCCACGAGAUGGCUGCCCAUUCCAUUACAAAUCCACCACCAUAGUUAACAGUUAGCAACAGACACUGUGGGUUGAAGGCUUGCUUUGGCUGUUGUAAACCUUUGCUAAUCUAGGGGAAAGAGAUGACUCAUCAGUCUGGGAUCCGUUUCCACUGCACGGGGGGCCAGGUUUUGUGCUCCAUACACCAGGUUACACAUCUUUGUGCAUUCAGCUGGAAUGCGAGCGGUUUCCAAAUGGUGGCCCCGGGCUUUAAUACCAGCUUUGAAUCUCACAGCUUACAGUUUUUGUUGAGAAUGGGGUCACAGAGCUGUUGACUCAACUCUAUGGUCAUUUUUGAAGCUGUAGUUUUGGGGUGUUUAGUAACUUAUCCUGUUAAGUGUCUGUCUGUCCUUGUCUGUUGAACUUCAGCUUGGACCAUUGUCUCUCUUUUCCAAUGCGUUUUGUUCCUGUUUGGCAUAUCUUGACAUAGUUUUUGACACUUUCCCUUGUUGCAUUAAAUAAUUUAGUAGUUUUUGAGACCAGGGCAUGUGCAAUUUGGGCACUGACUAUUUGGCUUCUUUGGACCUUUGUUAGUCGCCUCACAUUGCUAUGGAAACUCACAUGUCAAAGUGCUAACUGACACAUACUGCUUAUCAGCAUGCAGUUUAAUGUGACUCACCUGUCUACCUGCCUUUGUGAUGGUGAUUUCGCUCAAAGUUAAGUUCUUGGGGUGUUUCCGUUGUUUUGUGGGAUCCCCUGUCUUUGGCUAGGCUUGGUAUAACUACCACGGAGAAUGAAUGUUGCGUUUUGUUAAUCACACUCACAUGCCUCGUAAUGUUGGACUCAGGUACAAGAAUAAGCUGCUUAUGUGUCAAUAUUUAGAUAUUUCUUUGAUAAUGUAAUUUGUUAAAACUGGGCUGUAAAUUAUUUUGUGUGAAAAUGCAGUUGUACCUUAGAUGUGCCUUAUUAGCUUAACUUUAGAAGAACUGGUUAGAAAAUGGUCAGAAUUACAUGGAAUUUUUAUACUUUAAUAAUAACGCAUAUGCAGCACAUAAUGCAAUACAGUUAUGUACGCAGUAUGUUUUACUGAGUAAAUGUUUGAAUAUUAACUUGAUAGUUUCCCCACUUUAUUUGAAGAUAAAUCCUGUCACAGAAUCUGAAAAGGUUAUUUAAAGUUUAUUUGCUGAUAUUUGAGUUAUUUUAUGAGUUUGCAAAAAGUUGCACUGUUGUCUUUCACCAGGACAAAGAACAAUGUAGCGUCACUGUGCCAGAAUAUUUUACAAUUAUAUCUGAUUUGUAUGGAUGAGCUGUAUGCUUUAUGUCAUG